UAAAAUACCUUAACAAUUGCUGUACAUUUAUCCUCAAAUUACACUGCAUUUCCUGCUCCUUACGGUAUGUUGGAACGCCAGUUGUAAAGCAAGCUUUCUGUGUUCGGUGCUACACUGAUAAAGCUACAACGAUAUCCAGCAACUCUGUUGUAGUUAUCAGAAACUGUGUUUUGCGAUUUAAGCUCAAUUUGCGUAACAAAUAACGUUUACCGGUUCAGCAAACGUCUACUAUCUCCCGGUGCAGCAAGGCUAUAGUUUUGUUCAUUCUGGCUUGUUUACUUGCAUUAUAGAAGAACCCAAAAUCGUAAUAAAUUAAAUUAAAUAAAUGAGUAAAUGAACGAAUGACCUUAUGGAAUAAAUGUGUGUGUGUGUGUGUGUGUGUGUGUGUGUACCUGUUUUUCUAUUCAGGUGGGGACUUAAACCUGAAUACACACAGACUCAUGGGGACUCGUGUCACGGUGGGGACCUAAUUUGAGGUCUCCACGGGUAAACAAGCUAAUAAAUCACACAGAAUUAAGUUUUUUGAAAAUCUAAAAAUACAGAAAGUUUCCUGUAAGGGGUAGGUUUAGGUGUAGGGCGAUAUAAUAUACAGUCUGUACAGUAGAAAAAGCAUUAGGCCUAUGGAGAGUCCCACAAGGAUAGCAAACCAGACAUGAGUGUGUGUGUGUGUGUGUGUACUGCUUUUUUAUUUCUAUGCAAAUGUAUUAUUAUUAUUAUUUGACAUGUAUUUCGGUAUAUUUUGUCUGUUUAUGUUUUAAUUAUUGUUUAUUCAUUUUUUGUUUCUUUGUUUUUGACCUGAUAUGAUACGGAGGAGGUGUGGCUUAAGCAUUCAGGCAUAGCAUUCAAGCCCCUCUGCAACAUUUUUUUUUUUUCUUAGUCGUCUAGGUGUAGACAGGUGUGUCAUACCGCCAAACAUUUUGUCUUGUGACAUAUCUAUGUGAGCUUCUGUCACGGUGCACACAGUGGGGAGGAACGAGGAACACGCAGACGAGGAUAAACUUCAAAAUAAUAGUCUUUAAUUAAUCCAAACAAGGCAAGGUUAACACAGAGAGGCACACCGGGGAAUAACAAGUAGACCAGACGAAAACUAACUAAACAGGCAGGAACUAAAUACACAUGACAAUAACAGAUAAUUAGACACACCUGAACUGAAUAAACUAAUAAUCACACAGAACAAGGACAGGAACAUGACCAAAUAAGGAAACAAGAGGCGGGAACACAUGACACACAGGACAGAGGACUGACAGCUUCAGUAAUAAUAACAGUGUUUGACAGACAAACAGGCUCAAGAAAUAAUCAUGUUGCUUCAUGAUUACAAACUUAUUAUUUGUAACUUACCCCCACUAUUUAUUUUUUUUAGUGUUAAGAUGGACGUGAAGGAAGUGGUUAUUGAAGUGAAUGGACUUCCAGACGACUACCCCAAUAAUAAAAUGAUUGACAAAUUAACCAUGCACUUUCUGAGACCCAGUAACAAUGGCGGAGAGGUUUUAAUAGUGAUAUAUCCCACCUCCAACAAAGGCCAGGCGUAUGUUGUUUUUGAAUCAGAAGUACCCCGAGUCUUGGAGCAUAAUCAUGUUUUGGAACUGGAUAGUCAGUUUUACCCACUGGAUGUUAAAAAGAUACAUCAGCCUGAGUUUGACAUGCCAGCUGAAGCAUUCCUUGAUGUGAGCAUGUUCUACAGUCAGAUAAUGAUCCGAAAUCUUCUUCAUAGCCACGGCUUUCAGGUGUCAGAGACCACUUCAGGACAGCUGUAUUUGCAGGGAACCUUUCUUAACCUAAAACGCAUCCAUCCCAAACUCAUGCGUCUUCUGGCUCAAGAAACCACAACACAAAGAAGCACACCUUCUCAACACACUAAUGGCUUCUCGUCUGACUCUAUCUUCAGAGCUGGCUCCAGUGACUAUGAAUCUAGAUCUCAUUCCACAUCGAGGCACAAUCAAAACAAUGUCCACUCAGUGUAUGCUGCAGGCAGAAACCCACAUUCUGGAAUAAACUCAAGAUCCCCAGAGUCCCCAAACAGGCAGGCACUCAUGCAGGCUGCCUCUCCACUGGAUGUUAGUUCAAGCGCAGAAAGUUCCUUCAGCAGUCCCACCAGGAGCUAUGAGGAUUCAAGCAUGAGCGCUCGGCAGCGGAAUCCCUUGUCUCACAGGAAAACUGAGGAUUCCUUCCCUGUGGAUCCAUUACCGUUUAAAUAUGCAAUGCACUUUAAGAAAGAUUUUAUUGAAAAAAUAGAAUCUGAUCACCAAACUCAUAUUAGCCAUGUAGAUGAUUCAGGAGUUGUUACGGUUAAACUUUCAGGAGGAUCCUGUGAGGAAGCAGGUAAAGAAUUGCGUGAAUUCAUGCAGAACAUCACCUUAUCUUUACGCACACAAGAAAUAGACCUGCAUAAACUUAACAGCAGUCAAAGGAGAUACAUUACUGAGAAGGCACACUCAUUCCAAAGGAUCUACAAUGUUUUAAUUAGGGAGGAAAAUGACAUUAUCAAAGUGGUGGGUUCCUCUAAAGACAGUUAUGACGCGAAGGAAAAGCUUCUUGGACGGGAGGUUAGCAUUACUUCGCCAAAAGACUUCACAAAGAACUUUCUGCGACGCAGCAGCUCUUUGCCAAGACAAAAAACAAGGCAUAUAGAGCAGAACCCAGACUUGGGAGGAAUUCCUGAUGCUAUGUACACUAAUACUGUUAGUAGUUCCUCUGCCUCACAUUCCCGAGCUGACUCUCAAUUGCAGCAAGAAGUACAACAGGAAAGAGGUCGCAAGGCCUCUAAAUCCUCUGCACAACGUGACAGACCAAAGAGCGCUUCUCGAUUACAACACAAAAAUGAAAGGACAGUAAACCAAGAACCGUCAGCUCGUAAUGAGCAGGAUUUGAUGCCUUCUAAUGAAGUUCAGACAUCUAAACAAAAAAACCCUAAAAUAAAAUCUCAUUUUAUUUCUGUUGAUAAAUUGACAAAAAAUUUACGGUUACACUUUUCAAAAUGACUGAAUCCACUACAUCAGUAAUCUAUCUUAUGGCACAGACUGGUCACAUCUCUUCUCAUCCAUCACACGUUAUCAUCCAUUGUAAAACACAGAAUAUAAAUAAAAUUGGUCAGACACCUUGUGAUUACCUCUACUUUAAAAGAGGGACGAGACUGUAUACUGACAGUUCUAUUAAACCAGUAGUGUCCAAUCCUGCUCCUGAAGGGCCAGCAUUAUACAACGUAUAGCUCCAACCAGUGAGUCUGAACACCUUGGAUAGCUAUUUCAGGUGUUUAAUUAGGGUUGGAGUAAACUCUGCAAGACAGCUGCUCUCCAGGAACAGGUUUAGACACUCCUGGCCUAGUUAAAUUGUAAUCACUCUCGAGCACUUUGCAACAGUCACUGUGAAUGCUUUGUAAUUGUUGCCUCAUAUAUAUAUAUAUAUAUAUAUAUAUGAGGAAGAAAGUCAGUAUAUCCAAAUAACUUAUUUUAGCCGUUGUUAACCUGUCUUAAUAUAUUUUUCAGUAUUUGAACUUCACUAUGUUCAGUCUUGCAUUGACGAUUUGUCAAGACUCUUUUUCAUUACCAUGGAGACUCAAUGAGGAAGUGUCUUUUUCUGCAUUCUACAGGAAGUGAGGCAGGCCCUGUGGUUGAUUUAGGGUCUGAGCACCUCCCUGUCAAAAAAAAAAUUAAACAAGAACCCAGGCUUGUAAAACAGGAUACACUGUUAGACAUUUCAAAGGGUUUUUACAGUAACUUACUGGCAACACUGUUGCCAGUAAGUUACUGUAAUUACAAUUUACAGUAGCAAACUGUAUUUGAUUUAUCAGUAUACUACUGUAAUUCAUUCAUUUUAAUAUAGAUUUCAUUAGAUUUUAUAAUUUUUAUAUAGAAUUCAUUUUAUUUUUACUCUACAUAGGUACUACUGGCAUUCAAUUAAAACAGACACAAUAAUUACAAAAUAUCAAAUUCUUUAUUUAAAACAUUGCAUGUAUAACACAUAAAAAUACAGUCUUCCAAUGCUGGAGCAGUGCAUCUUCACCAUUUCUCCUGUCUUAGGACGUUUUGCAGUGCAUUAUGUUGUGAUUUAUCCUCACAAAGAAUCUUUAGGCAACAGAAACAUAAUGGGAAAAAAGACAAACAGCCAAAGAAUACAUAGCUAUCUGCAAAACCCAGGUGCUGCUCCAAAACGUGACCACCAUCUUUGCUCACCAUCCACUUUGACAGAAAUGUCUUCUCUGAAAAACAAGAAAUUACAGAAAUGUCUAACAGUGUAGAUUGUGAAAAAGAGUGCUUUGUUUUUUCUUAAGAUUUAUGAAACACUGUUUUUGAUUCAACGUUGCAUUAAUUGAGAAUGUCUAUUUGAGUAUUUCUAUCAGAUACAGAUUUCUGUCAGAUGAAAAUCCCCUUAUUUUGUGAUUUACCUGUGGUUUGCUAUUAUAAUUUCCACAGUGGUCAUUAUAAUUCAUUGGUUGUCUUGACAAAAUUUUAUUUUUUAGCUCUCUGAAUAAUUCUUUUUAAGCAUUUGAAUUAUUUUAAGGAAUUACUAUAAUGUGGACAAAUAGUCAUUUUAAUCAAACGGCAUUUUAUGUUAAUCUGUCUUAAAUUAUGUGAAGAUUGUAUUAGUUAUACAUUAAGGACUGUGACUACUGACUCGUCAGCUUAUUUCUGAUUUCCACUGUUCUCAAACUAUUGUAAUUGCAUAAUUUUUUUUUUAUAAAUUGUAUGAUGUGUUACUCAUUACCUGAAAUAUUCUUUAUUGUUGUUUAAUGUGUAAAAGUGGAAUAUCAGCACACAUAAUGACCUAACGUUUUGACUUUACAGCAAUAAACUGUUUUGAC